CGAAGGUAGCGUGAUCUUUUUCCGGUGUAUCGUGGUAUUAUACGUACGGCACAAUGAAAGCUAAGGGUGAAUUGAAGGAGUUCGAAGUAAUCGGUCGCAAAUUGCCGACUGAAAAGGAGAAAACCACACCUUUAUAUAAGAUGAGAAUAUUUGCCCCUGAUGCUAUUGUUGCAAAGUCCAGAUUUUGGUAUUUCCUGCGUCAGCUCAAAAAAUUCAAGAAGUCUACUGGAGAAAUUGUAUCUCUUAAGAAGAUUUCAGAGAAAACUCCUGUCAAAAUUAAGAAUUUUGGAAUCUGGUUAAGAUAUGAUUCAAGGUCUGGAACCCAUAAUAUGUACAGAGAAUACAGAGAUCUUUCUGUCAGUGGUGCUGUAACACAAUGUUAUAGAGAUAUGGGUGCUCGUCAUCGUGCUCGUGCACACUCAAUCCAAAUUAUCAAAGUAGAAGUUGUAAAGGCAGCAAACUGUAGGAGGCCACAAGUUAAACAAUUUCACGAUUCUAAAAUUAGAUUCCCAUUACCAAAACGUAUUCAUCACAGGAAUCGUAUGCCACUAUUUAGUGUGCGGAAACCACGUACCUAUUUCCUUUAAGUACCUUCAAUUGAGUGUUUUACCCAUUAACACUAAAUAUAUAAUACUAUAAAGGAAAUAAAAAGACGUUUCUUCUAA